CAUGCGCAGUAGAGCGUUCAAUAAAGAUUCCGAUGUGGCCAAAACAAGACUCUAACCUUCUAAUCUCUCCUUUUUAAUCAGGUAUUCAAAAUGAAAGCGUUUAUUCUGGCUGUGGUUUUUGCAUGUGGCUUUGCUGCAGGGAGUGAAGACGAGAGGCUGCCUAAUAAAUGUGAAGUGUGUAAGAUUCUGACUACGGAGCUGCAGGAGGCUCUGGAGAAAACGGGUCGGUCCAAAGAGGUGCUGGAGGUGGGAGAGGUGUUGGACACGGGCAAGAGGAGGAGGAAGAUUAGAUACAACACCUCAGGGUCCAGCUUCUUGCCAAUCACAAAGCCGGCUUGCCUCACCAGUUUGUUCAGUCUGGAUGUGUCCUUCAUGGAUGUGCUGCUCCCCCCGCACAGUGUAGAAGAGGACACUGGCAACCACAGGCUGGUAGAACUUCUCGAGCAGCUUAUUGCAGAUUUUCAACGACCUCAGUCUCCUCAGGAAGUACAUCCUGCCCCUAGUCUUCCUGUGCAGCUGGUUGGUGAGUGUUUGACCAGUCCAGUUUACUAUCCAGCCACACCCAAAGGUAUUUGUAUGAAUCCACAGCUUCCACCUCAGCCCCCUCCAGUAGUACGGGCUUAGUCUUUGGUCCAUUCCUCCCAUAGUCUAUGACCAGCUCAUUUUUCUGGAGAUGUUACUUCUAGGUGGUUGGUGCGGCACCAGGUGGCAAAGUCCCCCACCUCUCUGUUGUCACUGAUACAAUCCACAAUGGCGGUGUCAUCUUCGUACUUCUGUACGUGACACAGCUCAGAGUUGUAACAGAAGUCAGAGGUGUAUAAGGUUAAGAGGACAGGGCCCAGCACUCUGCUCUGGGGGGUCUCCAGUGCUGCUGAUCAGUUUCAGAGAUUGUGUCUUUCAGCCUGACAUACUGUGGCCUGUCUGUGAGGUAGCUGGAGAUCCAUGCCACCAGGCGGGGGUCCACUCCCAUUCUAUUCAGUUUAUCUCUUAGCUCAGUUUGUUUCAACACCUUGAUGGAAAAUGGACAAAGAGUCCAAGGUUGCAUGGUUAAAGUCACCCAAAAUGAUUAGAAAUGUAAUAAGGUUCUGAUUUUGUAGUCAGGCUGUGGCAGCGUGUAUCUCCUCACAUUCAGUGGCUGAGCAGCUCUUGGGGGGAAUGUAAGCACAGUCAUGUGACGGAAUUCCCUCGGCAGAUAAUAUGGCUGCAUGCCAACGGCUAACAGCUCGAGGUCCCGGCAGCAUAACACAGUCUUUACAGAGGUAUGUCCUGAGUUACACCAGCGGUGGUUGAUAAACAUGAUCAGGCCCCACUAGCUUUGGUGUCUCUGUCGGCUCUCACUGCAGUGAAUCUCAGGAGGUCCACAUUACCUUCCGCUACGAGGUGGUUUAGCCUUUUCUUGGUGAAAUCAGCAGGCCGCUCUCUAAAUUUGCAGGUUGUUCAGUGCAGUCAGGUCGUCAGUCUUGUUAGACAUCGAGUUCACAUUCCCCAUGAUUAUAGAGGGGAUUAACGGUUUGUGGCUCCUCGAAUUCUCUGCUAGCCUAGCCCGAUACUUAUGCUCUCUGUCCCCGU